AUGAUAGGAGUUCUUCCAUCUUGCCGAGUGACACCUGCUGAACCAUUUUUGAGGACUGGCAUUGAUUAUGCUGGACCAGUGAUUGUACAAGUAGGACGGCACAAACCGAAGCUAGUCAAAGCGUAUAUUGCAGUAUUUGUCUGCAUGUCAACCAAAGCAGUCCAUUUGGAAUUAGUUUCGGAUAUUUCGACCGCUGCUUUCCUAGCCGCUCUACAGCGCUUCGUGAGUAGAAGGGGCCUUUGUCAGCAGAUAUACACUGACAACGGUUCCAACUUUGAGGGGGCAAAAUCAGAACUACACGAGCUUUAUCUUCUAUUUCAAAACCGCAAGGCAAUUGAUGAAAUAGUAGCUUUCUGCCAACCAAAAGAGAUCUCCUGGAAUUUCAUCCCGCCCGAAGCUCCAAAUUUCGGGGGCCUGUGGGAAAGCGCCGUGAAAUCAGCUAAGUAUCACCUGAAGAGGACAUUGAAGACCGCUCAUCUUUCUUUUGAGGAAUACGCUACCGUGCUCAGCCAAGUGGAAGCAGUAAUGAACUCUCGACCUUUAGGCUUAACAUCGGAUCCGGAAGCGGCAAUUCUAACGCCUGCCCAUUUUUUGAUUGGUCGUCCAUUGACCACUACUCCCGAACCAUGCUACAACGAACUACCAAUGAAUCGCUUGUCAAGGUGGCAAUAUCUUCAGCAAAUCCGCGAUCAAUUCUGGAAAAAGUGGAGCCGGGAUUACUUGCAGAAUCUGCAACCGAGAGGUAAAAAUUGUCAAGCACAGCAAAACAUACGUCCUGGUAUGAUUGUGUUGAUCGAACAAAAAGACAUUCCACCGCAGUGUUGGAAGAUAGGUAAAAUCGUCCAGGUCUAUCCAGGUCACGACAAGUUGGUACGAGUAGCAGAUGUAAGCAUUGGAAACUCUAUCUACAGACGAGCUAUAUCAAAAUUGUCCAUCCUGCCAAUUGAAGAUAACAAUGUUGAUAUCUAA